AUGUCUAUCUUAUUUAUCAACAAUGGUCGAUUUGAUUAUCUUACUGAAAAUGCUCAAUUAGGUAUCUUAGCUGAAUUACUUUCUACCUUUCAAUUAUGUCUUAAUGAUAAUUAUGCACGUGCUAUACAUGUUUCAUUAAAUGCUUUACAAACAUCAUUAAAUUUUUUAUUAAUUAAUAGUCAUGCAUUUAUAAUCAUAGGAAUUGAAUUAUUAGAAGAUUCUAUUCAACAUAGUACAAGUUUUCAUAUUCUUGCUAAAGUUGCUCUAGCUCAACUUACGGAUGAUAUUGAUUUUCGUACCAUCCAUAUUGAAUAUAUAUCUAAUCGAAAAAAAAAUAUCAUUGAUUAA